CAGGGCUGCAGUGGGCAGCUAUGUUGGAGAGGGGUGCUGGGGCUGCCCCAGCCAGACGGUUGCUGAUCUGGUCUCUGCCCUGCAGGGGCUUCCACCACAACAUCAGCUGGGAUGCCCGGGGCCUGGGCUUCACAGCUGGGGUGCUCCCUGCUCCACCACCCCUCCCCAGCUGCCUCCAGCCUGUCCCCCGGGGAAUUGCAGCCGUGCCCCAGAACCAGCUCUCGCUCCUGCCCCCUGUUCUGGAGGCUGUGUGCAAUGACAGCAUCCCUGGGCUGCCAGGUGUCUCCAACUUCACCGUCUACCUCUACUGCAACCUCUUUAACAGCUCCCGGGGCUCCAGCCAGCGCCCAGAGGACCUGGGGGCUGCCUGCUCCAACGCAGCCUGGUACCUCUCCAUGGGUGAGGGGGGCUUGGCAUGGGCCCGGGCCUGCCGGGAGCACUACCCUGCCCAGUUCAACAGCACUGUCUGCAGCAACACCUCCCUGAGGGAGACCCCUGGGCCCCAGCAGGUCUUGCUGGAGCAGCUCUGUGCUGACCUGGCUGGGCCCCGCAGCUGCAGUGCCUGCAUACGCUGGGAGGACGCCUGGAGCUGCUUCCUGGGAAGCCCCAUGCUCUGGGAUGCCCGGCUCUGUGGCAGCAGGAGCUGUGAGUUGCUGCCCGCUGACCCCUGGGCCUCGCUCUCCCAGCUGUGUGGUGGUCCCCAGCCCCGGGCACAGAUGCCCGGUGUCUCAGAGCCCGGGGGCGCAGACCCUUGCUCCUUCGGGGGCCAGAGCCUGUGGGCAUGGGGGAGCACUGGUCUCUUGGAAUUGUGCAGGACUGUGUGUCCCUGCUGCUUCCAGGAGCUGGUGUGCACCAAUGCCUCCCUCCUGCAGCUGCUGGGGCAUCCCCAGCCUGUGGUCGGGGCACGCUGCCAGGGUGCCCUGCCCAGUGGACGCUGCCUGCUGCAGCAGCUCCUGGCACUCCUGCCCAUGCCCCGCAGGCUGGAUGCUGUGGAGCUCUGCCCAGACCUGGCUGCCUACCUGCUGGGGUUGGCCUUGCAGCUGCCGCGGUGCCAGGAGGAGGCUCCAGGCUGGGCCCCCCACGUGAACUACCUCCUGCGCCUGCUUGACCGCAGCCUGACCGCCUCCAGACGAGAGGAGGCUGGGCAGGUGGCCAGGGAGCAGCUGAGCGAGGCCAUCCUCCUCUCCAGCCUCCUGGACAACACCUCCUUCUGGGGCUUGCUGGGGGCGAAUUCAUCUGCAGGCAUCCUGCGAGCCGUGGGCCAGUACCUGGGGUGGGAGCGCAGGGUCCCGGCCAAGAGGGAGCUGCUGAGCUGCUUUAGCGCGGUGCUCUGGGACCUGCUCCAGGACAGCGAGGGUGUGCCUGCCUUGGAGAUCCUGGCGCAGGAGUACCUGCGGAUGCCAGAGGAGAGCUUCCAGGGGCUGCUGCAUGCGGUGGGGCCCGAGGCUGUGCAGCGCUUCCUGGCCCUGCUGCACCGCGCCUGGCACCGGCUGCGUGGCAAGGUGCCAUCGCCUGUGUCCGGGGAGGAUGCACUGCCGUCGCUGGCUGUGCUGCUGCUCCGCAGAUUGCCCCAUCUCACCCCGCAGCUGUUUGUCGGUCUGUCGCAGUUCAUCCCCUUCAUGGCCGUGACUGACAUUGCAAGGCUCCCCCCAGCCCUCCUGGCCAACGAAAGCGUCCUUGCUGCUCUGCGGACUCACAGCGCGCGCCUGACGCAGGGGCAGAAGGCUGCCUUUGCCAGGCGCCUGCUGCAAGUCCCCUGCCUCGGGGCCGUGCCCACAUGGCCCCUUGGCUUCCUCCAUGCUGUCCUGCCGCUGCUGCCCCACUUGCCGCUGCGCUGCUUCCUGCAGCUCACGCCCCAGCAGGUGGGAUGUCUGGUCAGGAAGCCUGAGCCGAGUUCACCUUUGCCUGUGCAGAUCUGGGGGCUGGGGGAUGGCUGGCAGCUGCUGCGGCUGGGGCUGGUGCAGGGCCGCCACGUGGCAGGCAGCCUGGCGAACCGGAGCCGCGCGGCUGGCACCGAGCUGGGGCGCAGGCUGGGGGCCCUUGCCUGCUUCCUGAGCCCCGAGGAGCUGCAGGACCUGGAGUGGCUGCAGGAUGCCCGGGGGGCAGUGGAGCAGAGCCUGCUGGCGUGUGCAGCCGCAGGGACCCUUCGGCAGCACGGGCGGGUCAUGCUCGCGCUGGCAGACUUGCUGCGCUCCACCAACCUGGCCAUGGUGAGCCCUGGGGAGCUGCCAGCAUGGAGGGGCGUCCUCCCUGAGAUGGGAGUGGGCUUCCUGGAGCACCUGUCAGCUGCCCAGCUGAACUCCCUCCUGCUCCAGCUGCAGCCGACGCAGCUGACGCGUGCCCAGGCAUCCUUCCUGCUCACAUGGGCUCUCCAGAGGGACAACGUGACGGCAGGGGAAGCAUCCUGGAUGUGUCCCCUGCUGCCAGGCCUGGGACCCACGUCACUGACAGCUGUGCUGGCCCCUCUCCGGGUCCAAGGCUGUGCAUGCCUGGGGCCAGCCCUACCCCUGCUCUUGGCAGCACAGACGGCAUCCCUGCUGCAGGCUCUGCAGCCCCUGGACAGCUGGGCUCACUGCCUGCUGCCUCUGCUGCCCCUCCAGCUCCUGCGUCCCAGCGCCCAGGCUCUGCACGGGGCUCUGCGGGACCCCAACCUGCCCUGGUCUCCGCAGCAGGUCAGAGGCCAGGCGCAGGGCUGUGGGGGAAGGUGCUGCACCCCUGUGCCUCCCACCACUGCCCCCCAACAGGCCCAGCUCCUCUGGAUGGAGGUGGGAGCCGGCACUAACCACAGCCACCGCACUGCUGGUGCCCUGGGCUCACUGGUGGUGGGCAUGAGCUGUGCCGAGCUGCAGGAGCCGGGCCGGGAGGAUUUCCUGGGGGCUCUCCGGACCCUCUACGUGCAGCCUCGCUCCCUGCCUGCCAGCCUGGUAAGGAGGAGGCUCCAAGAUCCCCAAGGCUCGCGGGCAGCCUGUCCCUGUCCUGCGCUCACAGCACGGUGUCCCCAGCGGCGCUGCGUGCAGGAGGAGGUGCUCAGACGUCCUGCGCUCUCCGAGGAGGAGCUGGCAUGGCUGGGACCUCGGUUCCUCAUGGAGUUACCGGCGAAGCUGGUGGAGAUGCUACCUGAUGCUGUGGUGCAGCUGGUCCUGGACCACGUGACCCGUGAACCCCACAGCCUGCUGGCCUUGCCGGCCACCCGCCGGGCAGCCCUGGCCCGCAGGGCCCUGCGCUCCCUGCACCUCCCAGCAGGGGUGGAGCUUGGUGGGGAAGACCUGGACCAGCUGGGACCACUGGUGGGGUUCCUGGACCGGGAGAGCGUGGCCCGCAUCCAGCCUGAGAGCCUGCUGCCGCGGCUGGGGGACCUGCAGGGCACCUGCCUGGCCAGGGAAGCAGCCGCUGAGCUGGGGCGGCUGCUGCUGUCGGAGCAGGCGCUGGGGCCUCCCCCUGGCUGGCACCUGCCCACCCUGCAGCAGCUGGGGCACCUGGUCUUCCUGCUGCCCCUCGAGAGCCUGCGUGCCAUCCCCCGGGACUUACUGAGCAGAGACACAGUGGAGCAGCUGCUGCAGAGCCAGCGGGACUGGGAGCAGAGUGAGCUGGGACAUCUCUGUCACCCCCUGGGCAGCCUGGAUGAGGACCCCAGCCCACAAGAAGUGCUGGUGGCCCCACUGGUGGCAGCUGCCAGGCCAGGGGACCGAGGUGAGACUGUGGACUCCCCUUCCCAGCUCUGUCCCCACUGGUGCACCUCCUGUCCCUGGUGCCCUCCCAGCACUCUGUCCACACACUUGGUGCUCCUGGUGCCCAGUGUCCCCAUGAUGUCCCCUCCCCAGGCUGGCCCUGUGUCCCCAUGUCCUCAUGCCAUCUCCUCCCCAGUUGGUGUGUCCCCCUCAUGCACGCUGCAGUGGGUGCUGUGGGGGCCCUGGGGCUGGGGCCAGCCCGCUCAGGCUGGCUCUGCAGCCCCCGUGCCCAGCUGUGCCGAUGUGCGUGCCACCUUCCCCGCGGCGUGGAGCGCAGCCCAGCUGGCCGCCAUGGCCCCCCAGCAGCUGGAGAGCUGCCUGGGGCUGCUCAGCCAGGACCCUGCACUGCGCCCUGACCAGCUCCGGGCUGCCCUGGGCCAGGCCUGGCGGGUGAGGGGGAACAUGGGUGGGGUUGGGGGGGACAUGGGCGGCUGUGCUGGUGGGGGUGGUGGGGCUCUGCUGGGCUGGGCUGGCCCUGGUGGGGAGAUGCUGGAUGCAGGGAGCUGUGCUGGCGCGGUGGUGGGGGAACGUCCUUGGGGGGCCUCCGAGGGGCUGUCUGUGGGAGGGCUGUGCUGGCCUUGUGGGGGUUGUCCUUGGGGAGGGCUGUGGUGGCCUUGGGGUCUGGCUGUGGGUGGCUGUGCUCACCUUGGGGGGCUGCCCGUGGGGAGCUGUGCGGGUGCUGCCUGGCGGCGCUGGGCUGGGGGCUGCCGGCAGCUGGUGAAGCUGCUGGUGCCACAGCUGUGGGGCAGUGCCUGGGCGCUGGAGCCAGCCCAGACGCUGCGCCUGGGCCGGCUGGCCACCCAGCUGCGUGAGCCGGAGCUGCGGGAGCUGCGGCUGCCGGACUGGGGGGCCCUCUCUGCCCUGGGGGAGCUGGACAGCUGGUCACAGGGACAGAUGCGGGCUGUGGUCUCUGCUUUCCUGCGGCAGCGCAGGGCGAGCGCUCAGGACCUGGGGCUGCCUGAGCUGGUAGCACUGGGGCACCUGCUUUGUGGGCUGCCGGUGGCUGAGCUGCAGGGCCUGGACAGCCGGGAGCUCAGCAAAGCUGCCCCUUUCCUGGGCUCGCUGAGCCUGCGCUGCACAGAGCAGCAGGCUGAGGUGCUGGCCACCCACUUGACCUCCAACGCUGCCUUCGGACCAGCUGCUGCUUGGGGACCUGAAAUCUUCACGGAGAUCGGGACGUUGGCAGCUGGGCUCCCCGACAUCGUCCUCUCUGCACUGGUCCCCGAGCAGAUUUGGGCGCUUACACCCCGGGCCAUCUCUGCGGUGCCGGCACCCAAGUUCGCAGUGGUGUUUGGCCCCACGCAGCUGCGCACCCUCUCCAGCGCUCAGGCUGUGGCUGUCACCCCACAGCAGCGCCGGUGGCUCGGCAGUGCCCAGCGCCAGGCCCUGGCCAGUGCCCAGUGUGAGGGAGAGGCUCCCCAGGAUGGCCAAGGCAGGAGCAGUGCCAGGCCCCAGGCUGGCUUCACCUUGGCUCUCCUCCUCUGUCUGCCCCGCUGCUUUCUGUGA